AUGGCGAAGCGCGCGUCGAGCAAACGGAGCUUCAGGUUGCCGUUCAUGUGCGGGCAGUCGGACGUGGCCAGCCCGAGGGGCGCGGCUGUCACGAGGCUGUCGUCGACGUCGUCGUCGUCAUUCGGCAGGGGGUCCAGGUCCGGGUCUAGCUCCAGCUCCAGCAGCAGGCACGGCGAGCUGCAGCGGAUCUUCCAGCACUUCGACCAGGACAAUGAUGGCAAGAUCUCCGGCGCCGAGCUGCGCGCCUUCUUCGUGUCCAUGGGCGACGACAUGCCGUCGUCGUACGGCGACGGUGGCUACAUGCUGGACUUCGCCGGGUUCGUGGCACUGAUGGAGAGGGAGGGCGGCCAGGAGGAGGACCUGCGGAGGGCGUUCGAGGUGUUCAACGCCGUGGAGUCCGCGGGCAGGAUCACGGCCAGCGGCCUGCAGAGGGUGCUCGCUCAGCUCGGAGACAAGCGUUCUGUCGCCGACUGCGAGGCCAUGAUUCGGGCCUACGACGUCGACGGCGACGGUGGCCUCGAUUUCCACGAGUUCCAGAGGAUGAUGAGCUAA